AUGAAGAAAUAUCGAGUGGAACUAGAGAAGGAAACUACUGAGACUAGCUACGAGGAAAAAGUGCUUGAGCUUACAUCAACAGGAAAACUGUUUCCAUAUGCUGAAAUAUUCAAGUGGCUGUCAUGUGGACAUGAUGGCAAGCAUCCAGCCUGUGAUUCAUCUUGUUAUGGUCGAAGGGAGUUCUCUUUUACUCUAGAACAUGAUAUAUAUAUUCGGUUUCAGUCUUUUCAAGAUGCAGCGGAUAUGGAGAAUUCUAUCAGAGAGAAGUGUCCACAUAAAAUAGAUAUUGGAGCUAUGUACAAUGUUGAUCCUGCAAAGAGACACGCAUAUGCUCAAAUAGGAGACAAGGUUUUCAGUCCUAUAGAAAGAGAGCUGGUUUUUGAUAUUGAUAUGACUGACUAUGAUGAUGUACGAUAUUGUUAUUCGGGAGCUGAAGUUUGCGUAGACUGCUGGCAUUUGAUGACUAUUGCUAUUAAAGUCAUAGAUACUUCUCUCCGAGAGGAUUUUGGUUUUGAGCACAUUCUCUGGGUUUAUAGUGGUCGCCGUGGGGUCCAUUGCUGGGUCUGUGAUGGAAGAGCAAGAAGGCUUAGCAAUGAGCAAAGAGCUGCAAUUGCUUCCUAUUUUCGUGUGUACAAGGGGAGUGAAAACACUAAUAAAAUGGUCUCUCUGAGUGGGCCUGUGCUGCAUCCUUCCUUGACAAGAGCUUAUGCAGAUGUCUUAAGGAUUUAUUUUGAAGAGAAAAUACUUCCAAGCCAAAAGUUAUUUUCAUCUGAAGACAGAUAUCAGAAGAUAUUGGAUUUGAUACCAGAUGAUUCAAUUGCAUCCCAAUUUCGAGAGAAAUGGGGAGAAAACAGGCGUUCAUCUGUUUCAAAAGAAGAUAAUAAUAUUGGUCGCUGGAAACAAUUGAGACAGCUACUUGAGUCAGGAAAACAUAGGGCACCAGGAUUACAACAUUGCAUUGACGAAAUUGUUUUCUCUUACACCUACCCUCGGCUAGACAUGGAGGUGUCAAAGCAUAUGAAUCACUUGCUGAAGGCACCAUUUUGUAUUCAUCCAAAAACUGGUUGUGUCUGUGUGCCAAUAAAUCCCGAUGAUUGUGAGAACUUUGAUCCUACAAGUGUACCCACUCUUUCUCAAUUGAUUCAAGAACUGAACACAGGAGGAGUUCUUGCUUCCGGAGGGCUGAGCUGGAAAGCGCAUACAACACAAGGCUGCAUGAAUCUGGAGUGAGGGAUUCUUUACGCUGGUAAAAUACUUCCGGUGGAAGGCUAGAGAAGAAACCCCUAUUCA